UGUCAGCUCGGACACAACUCAGCGCCGACGUAAAAGUAACAUUUUGAUCGAAAAAUUAUAAAAAUCGAGUUUCGGAUAAAAUAAGUACAUAUCAAACUCCGUGGUAAGCGCGUGGGAGUGGCACAAUACCCAAAUAAUAGGUCACAAACUACAGCGACAUUAACUUCGGCAUCGAAAUCAAACCUUCCAUCAUGGGCUUUGAUAUGAACUGCAUUGUGGGCCACGUUGACGAGGAGCUCAUCUGUCCGAUUUGUACAGAUGUCCUGGAGGAGCCGGUCCAAUCCUCGCAAUGCGAACACGCCUACUGUCGCGCCUGCAUCGAUAAGUGGAUGCUCCAGAAGCAGAUUUGCCCGGUGGACCGCUCCGCCCUACUGGCCUCACAUUUGGUGCCCGUUUCGCGCCUCAUGCGCAACAUGCUCGGCAGGCUGAAGAUGAAGUGCACCUUCUCGCAAAGCGGAUGUACCCAGAUGCUGGCCCUCGAGGAGUUCCGGACCCAUGUAGCCGCCUGCGAGCAUAAUCCCAAGGUGGUAGUCGAGUGCAGCAAGGGGUGCGGCAUGAAGAUUCCCAAGGACGAGAUGUCGCGCCACAACUGCGUUUUCGAGCUGCGCGAGGUGGUGGAGACAGUGGUGAAGGAGGUUUCCGACCUCAAGCAGAAGGUAACCGACCUGGAGGCGCAAAGCUCCAGUCAGCGCCGGGAGCUGGAGCUGUUCCAGUACUAUAUCGCAGCACUGCGAUCAACCAAUCCCGUGCUGCGCAACAUUGGCGAGCAGCUGGAUCGCUUCUCGCUGAUGCAGUGGGGCAAUGGACUGCGCCUGGCCACUGUCAACUCGUGGGGCAGCCUCAUCUCCACGCCGGAUUCCCCCAUGCACCUUAUGGUGCGCAACGUUCUGCGAGCCAGCGGCUGUCCGAUGCACAUGCUCAACAUGAUGGUGGACCACUGCCACGAGGAUCGCUGGCCCGAGGGUCUGAUGACUCUGGACGAUCGCCGCGAGAACCAGCGCCGCAUGAGUCAGUAUGUCACCCGAUUGGUGCCCGGUCUGGUCACCGGGAAGCCGUGUGUGGUGGUGCUUGCUGGCGACAACACCCAUAUGCCGGAGAAUCUGCGCCCUAGCCUCGGCCUGGUCAUGAUCUUUGUCGACGGGGUGGAUGAGAGGGCACAGCAACCGUGGCCGGACACCGAGUUUGUCUAAGCCCCAUCAUACUUGUAUAUCCCACAUCUAAAUUCAUUUUGGUAACGCAACACGCUAGCGAAACUGGCUGCCUGUUUCCCACGUUCUUUGUUUUGGAAAGGUGGUCAUGUUGCUGCCAAUGUCUUAAAUUACACGAUCAGCACGAGUUAAUCGUACGUCAAGCGGCCAUGCAACACUCGUCCACAUGGAAAUAUAAAAGCAGAGAAAAACAUA